AUGUUCCUAAUUUUAUGUUCCUAUCUAUCUAUCUAUCUAUCUAUCUAUCUAUCUAUCUAUCUAAUUGUACACGCCUACACCCCUCCUCUUUCUCUCUUUCUCUCUCUCUUUCUCUCUUUUCUCUCUCUAUCUCUUUUUCUCUAUAUCUCUCUAUUUCUCUUUAUAUCUCUCUUUCUUUCUAUCUCUCUCUCUCUCUCUCUCUAUUCUCUUUUUACCAAUAAAUCAUCUUUCUUUCUAUCAUUCAUUCAUUUUAUUCUUUCUUUCUUUCUUUUUCUUUCUUUCUUUCUUUAUUUAUUUAUUUAUUUAUUUAUUUAUUUAUUCAUUCUUUUUUCUUUCUUUAAUCAUUUUUAUUUUCUUUCUAUCAUUCUUUCUUUCAUUCACUCAUAUAUUUAUUUUAUCUUUUUUCCUUCUUUCAUUUAUUCAUUUUUACUUUCUUUCUUUCUGUUCGUAUUUCUUACACUUUCCUUUUUCUUUAUCCUCUUUAUCUAUUUUGGAUUCCCCUUCUUUCUUUCUUUCUUUCUUUCUUUCUUUCUUUCUUUCUUUCCUUUUCUUUUUCUGACAACAAUAUUUAUCACCGUUUUAUUUAAACCAAUCUAA